AUGGCGCCGCAAAGGAAGGGCACGCUGCCUGGUCCUGGUGUCCAUCCCCUUAGCCGCAUUUCCUCAAAUUCGGCAGAACUGCAAUUAUCGGCAAGCUCCAUGUCUCCCAGCAACAGCAAGGUAGUGCACUGCAAGAGGGGGAUCAUCCAUCCUCUGAGUCAGCCUCUGGAACCACCCAAAAAAGAGGCCAGGCCCAACUGCAGAGACACAUUAGUCCCGAGUCCCCAGGGGCCCAGCAGUGCAUGGUGCACAGAAUCAAGUGUUGCAAGCUCCGCCUGGUCAAGGAUGACGUUGCCGCAGUCAAGCAGCCAGGGUGGUUGGAAGUUGGCCAAUGGGGUGCAAGAGCAGCCUCAACUGCCAUCAGGGCAUCAGGGAGGAACGACUCGUGGACUGGGCACCGACAUGAACAGCGAUCAGGCAUAUAAUGAGAUGUUCCCCACAUUGGGAGUCGCUGCAAAGCUGACAAAGAAAGGGGGCUUUGGCAAGUUCCCAAAGAAGAAAAUGCAAGCCCUGGAAGUGAGUUCACUGACGGAUCAGGAUGCAGAUGCAUGCAGGGCUGGACUGCUUACCGGGGAAGGGUCUGGAGAUCUUCAGCCUGUCUCCAGUAUACGAUUGGCGUGCGGUUGUGAUGGAGGGCACCAGCAUGAUGAAGGCAAGCCCUGUGAUGCUAUUACGCCUAAAUCAGAUGCCUCAGCUCAUUCUGCCCUCAGGGAAGAUGCCGUGAAAUCUGAUCAUGAUGUCUUGCACAGCAAGCCCAUCCCCAGGCAGUUGGUAGCAGGCCCAGCUAUGGUGAGCCACUGGCCAGCUCUGGGCACAUCACCAGCUCAGGCUGUGCACACAGAUGUGGAGCCAGCAUCGCAUACCAGCAAGUCAGAGGAUUGUGAGUCUCCUGUUGCCUGGAAGCCUGUCAAUGUGUGGACAAAGGAUAGGGUAAAGGCGCUCGUGGUGCAACGAUUCGGGGCAGUCGCCAAGAUGAAUGGGAGUGCUCAACCUGCUCCAUCACAAGGAUUGCAAGGGGAUGCUGAGGAUGCUGAAUUGAGAGCAGGUUUGCGUGUUGUGUCGGAACGGAGCAUCACAGACGGGCAGCGGCGACAGCAACUCAAAACCACAAGCAACUUUGUGCACAGGGAGCACGUCAAAGGGGAGGGCAUGAGGAAUGUAUUGGCUGGGCUGGAGCUGGUGGAAAACUUGCUAAGUCUAGAGGAGCAGAACAACCUCGUGGAGAAAGUGGAGGCCUGGCUAAGCUUGGGAGAAAAGAAACGGAUGCUUGGUCGGACGUACACCGCCCCUAGCAAGUGGAUGAGGGGCAAGGGGCGGAGGACUAUCCAAUUCGGAUGCUGCUACAACUAUGCCACUGACGGACAAGGGCGGCCCCCAGGCAUACUGGUGGAGGACCCCGUUGAGGACAUGCCCCCUGUGCUGGUGUCCCUUGCCCAGCGCCUGGUGCGUUGGGGCGUGCUGCCUGCCAACCGCCAGCCAGACAGUGCCAUCGUGAACGUUUAUGAGCCCGGAGACUGCAUCCCACCACACAUCGACAACCAUGACUUUGUGCGGCCGUUCGUGACGAUCUCCCUGCUCUCCACCGCGCCCAUCAACUUCGGCACACAUAUCCAGGUGUUGGGGCCAGGAGACUUCAGCAGCCCCUACCAGAUCAUGCUGCCCCCACGGUCCUGUCUUGUGCUGAAGGGGGCGGGAGCCGACAAGGCACAACACUGCAUACCGUCAGUGAAAGAGCGCCGCAUCUCCAUCACCAUGCGGCAGAUGGCCACGCAGUUUGCGAAGGAAAUAGCCAAGAACAAGGCCGAAGGAAAGUGGGGACGAAGUCGCUGA